UGUUUUGUGUGGUAAAUGCUACGAGCGAGGCUAGACAGUCAGUAUGGCGGAGGGGAGCAGUAACAGCGACCCAGAGGGGCUAGAGAGACAGUUAGAGAGUCUGUCGAGUCGGUACUCUGGUGACGAGUCCGAGACUCGCAGUGAGCUGUUCUGCGUUGAUUUCUGCAAGGUGGUGGAGGAGUACGCCUCUCAGUGGCGCGUCCCGCUGCCCCAGCUCAGGAUCCUAGAAAUAGCCCUUCGUCAUUUUUCUCGAGCCUCUGCCUUCUUCCCAACAAGCUGUGAUCAUGUGCACCGCACGCUCGGCAGUCUGGCUCUGAGUGUUUUUGAGUUGCUGCUGUUUUUCGACCAGAAGGAGUUCAACGAGGAGCCGUUGAAAAUAUUCACCGCUACAUUCCAGGAGUGUCAUUCGGUCUUGGCGAAGUAUGAAAAUGUUUUUUUACUUCAAGUGGGCCGUUUACUCCAGAUUGGCGGGCUCUGGACCAGCCCAGCUUUACAGGCCAUCCUCAGCGAAUCCAGUUUACCUCAGAACGAAGUGGAUUGUUACAUCAGCUCCGAGCCACCGGCGUUCCUCGAACUCCGUGUUCGCUACCUUUCAUCCUGUGGACGGGACGGCCAGGCCGCCGCCUUGGCUAAAUGUUGCGUCUGGCAUCCCGCUGCAGGACAGCUGUUGUUCUUCCUCCAGUUCUACCUCUCAUGGCUUAUCAAAACAGAUCAGCACGACCGCCUGCAAGAAGAAGUGGCUGACAUUAACGGUAAAGAUGCGCUGCACAUCAUCUGCAGCUUGGAGGGUCAGGAACCAGAUGAGCUGCUCUUAGCCCUCACCACUGCCUGUCUAUCUCAGCAGCUCCAAAGGGGGGAUAUGUUCCAUCUAUGCGAGCUAGUCCUUGUGUGGACUAAUCUUCAUAGACGGUUAAAUUCGUCCAAACAGACUUUAUUAGAACAGUGUCAUCAACUGAUGCGGUCUGCGACAAACGUCAAAUCCAUCUUCCCCUUCAUUAGAGCCGUACUGCAGGAGGUUGGUGAAGACGCUGUCCAGUUCUGCGUGGAGCUCUGUGCGAACGCUCUGAGGUCUCGUCUUCCAUGCGACGUCCUCACUAAGACACUCAUUUAUAAAACCAUCGCCGGCCUGCUGCCCAGCGAUCUGGACGUCUGCCGGGUGUGCGCUCUUCUCGUUUUCUUCCUGGAGCCCACCGUUGAGGCUUAUAAGAUGGUGUACCUGCUAUAUAUGCACCCCGAUCAGGAGUACCAUGUGGACGACAGCCCGAUAGGAAAUAAUAUUCGAUUUGAGACCCUACAGGUCUUAAAGAAGGACCUGUAUUUUGAUCCGGAGUUUUGGAAUCUCUUCGCUUUGCGGACCAACUGUUUGAAGCUGAUGAGCGAGAAGGUGGUCAGUGCUGCACUAGAAGAAAUAAUGGAGGACAAAUGGAUCUCUAAGUAUUGCACAAGGAGUUCUGCCCUCCGCUCAGUUUGUCAGAGAAGAGCUUCAGCUAAGAAACGACACAAUAAGGAAGAUGUAUUUUGUAAGCGAGACUCAAACACUGGAUCUAAGAGAUUAAGGGUGGACACGGAUAAAAUGCGCCUGAAUAACCACACUUUGAAAAGAAAAGGCAAGCACAGGUCACAAGCACUGAGGGAAUCUUCUUCGGGACCUUUGAGGCGCUCGUUUUGGCAGCUGGACAGAAUACAUGGCAGUUUGACACUGAGAUAUGAUGAACACAGGCGGACAACACGCCUCUCAGAGAGAAACUUGCCAAAACGAAAGAUCAAGAAGCCAAAGUGGCUCCUGGAAGAUUCAGGGGCUCUGGAGAAUGUCCCUAUAAAGAUGAAAAGGAACGGUUUGAAACAGCAAAAGCUUCUUCGAUCCUGCGUAAUGAAGAGAUCUCAAAGUGGUCCGAUCAAGAACAAUACAAAAUACAAACCUCCAGUAAACACACAUCUAAAUACAAAGGAGAACAAUGAGUACAAAAACGGGUUCUCUUUGGAUUCUAUUAAACCUACAAACUCUCCACAAAUCAUCCUGGAGCUGUCCCUUCCAGACAAUGAGCUGAUGGAUACCUUUAGCGAUGAUUCCUGCAAUAGACCCAGAAGAUUCCCUCAAGUGCUUCUUUACAAACCGAUGGUGAAAUAUCCUGAAACUUCCCCCCCAGUUAAGACGGGACAUAGGAAAGAGGUAAUUCUAAGAGCACGGGACUCCACUAUGUUUGUGCAACUGUUGCAUUGCUACGCAAGACGGCAAAAAGGAAAAGGUAGUGGCUUAAACAUUCAUAGCUCGGUUUCAACGAUAACACGCUCAUCGGCGCAGGUAAGUCCAUCAAAGGAUUCAGAACCUAGCGAAAGACCCGUCUCUGAUUCUAAAGGAACAACACCAGAAAAGGUCAAAGAGAAGGGUUCGCAUGGUUCAGAAAAACUUUCUAAAGCGCAAAGCACAAAAGAAGCCCAUUCCUCAAGAGCACCUCAAACUGAAACGGAGACGGAUUUGCAAAACACCGUGAGAGAAGCAUCACCUCAUUCUCCAUCACGUGUGACUGAAUUGAAAACCGCGAAGGACUACCACCAAGCUCAGUCGGGAGGAGAAGCUUUUGAGGAUUCUGCUGUCGAAAUGAAAGUCACCAUUGCAUCACAAGCUUCCGUUUUAGACAAAGUCUCCAAGUCUGGAGAAGGCAUAGACCAAAUCUCCAAGGUAGCGAGGAAUAGGAGAACCACAGAUGAGAUCCUUCCAGUUUCAAUGAACAAUAUUGAGUCAGAUAAUGUUCGUCUUUCCCAAUCUGAGAAUGUUGCAGUCAAUAACAUGGAGCAAGGUACCGGGUCAAUGUUGUCCGACCACAAGAACUUGAUGCCAAGCAGUGGUCUUCUUACCAGUGGGGAUGCUACAGAGGAGUUGAGAAAAACUCAGAAGGAAAACAUGCUUCAUAGUAAUGACACAAGCCCGGCCAAAAACAUCCAUUUAGCUGCUUCUUGUAUUGCAACGAUCAAACAUGGUGCAAGGGACAAGUCGACACGAACGUCAGCAGUUGACACAGUUACUAAAGGUGCACCUGAGCAGUUCCCUGAUAAAGAUCAGGAGAGGAACAAACCUCUGCCAGGCCUCUCCAAAAGUCUGAGAGGAAAGGGUAAGCCAAAGAAUGCUCAGAAAAUACAGACUACCUCUAGCACCAAUGCGCGGGAGGAGGACACCUCUGUGGUUGAUAUCCAAGUUAAGAAAGAGGACGCUAAAGCUCAUGAUGCUCGUUCAGAGACUUCUGAAAACAGUGAUCUUAUGGAAAUGGCUCCAGAAACAGAGGAAUCCAAGCUGGAGCAUUACUGUACUUUAUGCAGCAAAUUUUUCACGGGGGCCCGUGUCGUCGAGCACGCAAUGUUCCAUUUCCGCAGAGACGAGUGCACUUUCUGCAAAGCAGUCUUCAAAGACGACCUGCUGGCCAUGAUGCACCUCUCUGAUCACAUCGAGAAAAUGAAGAGGUUGAAAGCCGGAGAAACCGGCGCCUCAUUGCCCAAAACGAAGACGACAAACGCGCCUCAUAGACACAAGGGUAAAGAGAAACCAAAGGAAUCUACAGUAUCUCCUAAGACCUCGGAAGAUAUAAGCACCUCUGAAUCUAGAACUUUAAGAUCUAAUAAAAGGCAAACGAGUGAAAGGUCUUCACAUGAAAAACAAAAACCCAAGCAUAUUGAUUCUGAAACUUCCUCUCACAGGGUAAAUGGGCACAUUGGCAAAAAGAAUGAAUUUAUAAAGUUGAAGAAAGAUUCAAAGCAGGAAUCUGUUCGACAGCAGAGUCCUGCCGAAAGAACACGAGACGUAGGUAAUAACGUGCAACGCUGUAAAAUAUCUGAAAGUUCAACAGUUAAAAUCAAAAAGGAGUUGGUAAAAUCUUCAGAAGAUGGAAAGAAAAGGAGAGAAUCUCUACAGCUCCAACAAGAAAGCACUAAAAAGAUUGGGGGUAUGCAGAAAAAAACAGACGGGGCGCCAGAGAAAAUGGUUUCCUGUCCUUCGCAAAGAUGCACGUGGUUUGCAGAUCUCUUAAAGAACAAAGUUGGUCUCCUGUACCAUGCACUGGACAAACACUACGGCGACGUCAAGCCUUUAGAGCUGGCCUUCCGUGUGGCCGACAACAAAUGCAGCAUUUGCAUGAGGGUCAUGUGGAGUUUUGAACACUUCCAGCACCACGUCGAGAGGCACAGAAUCAUCCCCAGGCAUCCCUGCCCUCACAGGGGUUGCAAGGCCAGGUUUAAAAGCGGAAUGGAAAUGAGACGCCACGCCAGGAAACACAGUCCUCUGCAGGCAAUGUGCUGUCGCCCCGGCUGCUCCAAGUUAUUCAUUUGUCUCUGGGCACUGAACCUUCACGAAAGGGAGCACUAUGCUUCCAAGUUAGCCAUGUCGGACUCCAGUUUAAACGGACAAGGAGACGAAAAAGCUCUCAAAACACCACAUGGAAAGAAAACUCAGAGAUCAGAACAUGCUUCUGAGUCAACCUUAAGAAAAGGUACUAAGUUAUCAGAACAAGCAAAAAGUAUCUUUACUUUUCCGACUGGUUCAUCAGCUCAAAUACAAAACAAACUUAGACCCAGAAAUAAAAGCACAGAUUCUAAUGUUUCUGAGAAAGAAACCUCUCUUCCACCUCUGACCAUUAAUCUUAGGUUAAGGCAAUCUUUAAGGGAAGCCAAAGCCACAAAGCAAGUUCCUAAAAGUCAUAAAGUCAUCUCAUCAUCCUUUUUGAAACACAGAAACAAAGUAAAGACGAGGAUAAAAUUAAGAAACAUCAGAAUGUCCACUAGAGGUCCUGGAAGAAGAAAGUGCCCUCCGAGGUUAAGCAAAACUGCUGCCGGUCAGAAGAUGCCCCCUCCAGACACCCUGAUGCUGCCAAGAAUAAGCACCAAGGCGAAAGCUGUAAAAGAGAAGGGUGAAGCAGCUCAGGAUGAAGGGACAACUACAGAAAAGACACCGAAUGAUUCAAAGUCAAAAACAUCAAAGGCCAAGCGGAUUACAAGGAACCAAAUAUCCAGCAAAUCCCAUUCCACCACUUCUAACAAGGCUGGAUUCUCCGAUCUCAACAGACAGAAGCCAACUGUGGACAAAACGAAACUCCACAAGAUCCAAAAACAUUCUGUGCCUUCAGAUUCUAGAAAGCGAAAGAAAAAUGACAUUGGUAAAGUUAAAGACAAUAAACAGACUAUGAAGACGAGUCAAAAACAAAGUUCUGCUUCUGCGAAGGCAGAGGAGUCUGAACCAGUUAAAGGCAAAGUCGUAGUCGAAGGUUCUGUAGAUAAGAAAGCAGAAAACCAGGAUUUAGGUUUGAUUAACGCCAUUAGCUCCGUGCCUGAUGGGUCAGGUAAAUCCACAGACAUGCCACCGAAACCACUGAGGGCGAAAACUGAAAGAAUUUCAAAGGUAUCAGGCGCCAGGAAGGAUGAGAAAACCCCCGCUGCCAAUUUGAAGCCGAUGAAGAAAGCUGGAUUGUUGAAGAAAAGGGUCAAUCAGAAAGUGAAGGGAAAACAUCCAGGCAAAAAUCAAACUUUGGAGAAUCUUGCCACAUCGAAAAUGGGUGCACAAGAACAGGAUAAAAAAGAUAAAACUAAAGGAGCUGAGGGGAUAUUGAAGGGAUUAAAAAGGUUGAUGAACAACACCCUUGACGAGAAAGGAAAAAGAAAGGAAACUCCCAAAAAUGCGACUCAGGUUUCACCCCUUCCAUCAAUACCUGACGUUCAAAGUGCUGGUCCAUCCAACGUUCCAGAACAAAGCAAGGAGAGAGCUGAUAAAGUGGAAAAACCUAAGAAAUCAAAGAUGGCAGAAAAGUCUGAGACCAGUAGAGCAACAAAGAGACACAAAGAGACUAACAAAGACGGCACUAGAAAGGCUACCAAGAAAAAAUGUAAACUAGUAGCCAAGCAGCCUGCAAAUCCUCUAGGGGAAGGAGAGCUUAUUCCAGCUGAAAUGGGGGAUCCUCCAAAACCUCCAAUGUCUGACCUCGAUUCUGCCAGUCGCUCCGAAACACCCGACGAAAAAGGAUGGAUUCACAACAUUAAAUUAAGGCCGUGUGAGAAAACCCUUGCUGCAUACGGCAAGAAACCAUACCUGCGCCUACCGCCCACAGCGUACCUGGACGAAAAGUUCACCACCAUGCCAAAGCGUAGGAAAGAGAUGCCGUUGUUCCAGUCCAGCAGCGGAGACGUCCCCCCCCAGUUGACCUGCGUGAAAGAAACCCUGAAAAGGCACCGGUGCACCAAGUGCUUCUCCACCUUCAGCAGCGCGGCAGAGCUACAGCGUCACAACCAGCUGCAGAAGUGUUCAAACCUCUUCGGGUUUGACUCCGACGAUGAGGGUAACAGCUGAGCUAGUUUUACAAGACCAACUACGGGUUAAGAUGCUAAGCUAGCAAGGAGCCACAGGAUUCAUCAUACCUCAGUAAGUCGGCGUUACAAUAUGCUGACCUAGAACUUCAAAGGAGCAGACAUAGGUGGUGGUUUGCUUCUGUGGAGCAGACGAAAGAAAACUUCUGAACUGAAGCCAGCGAUUGAAGGAACUGUAGUACUGAAGUGCCUGCUCUGAAAAAACACUGUGCCGCGUCGCCCCUCGUCUGGCACAUAAAGCAAGGCUCCAAAUUAUUUUCCAUCUGUAAGCCAUACAGUGACAUUGGUUGAUUUUUAUUUUUGCACUGUCCUCAUCAGAGUUGGAAUGGAGAUGUCCCCAUGUUGAAGAAACAUAAAAUCAGGAGUUGAGUUUUAACAUCUUAGGGUUGCAAUUAGAAAUAUGUAUUAUGAAUAACAGUCUACUAUAUGCUUUUUUUUCAAAUGUACAGCUCUUGUAUAAAUACUAACUGUAUUUCCUACUAAAAAAGGAUCCCUGGGGCUUGUUCAGCUCCUUUCUACUCAUCAUUGCAGUAACCAACCAAUAGAGGGCAAUGUGCACCAAUCUUAAGCUCAUUAAAGCAAUUUAUACUUUUUUUUUCUGAUAAGAGAACAUUUAAGGAUUCAUUGCUUUUUCACCCAAAUACUUUUUGACAUGCUAAAGCUGCUCUGUUUUUAUUUACUACUGUGUUGAGUUAAGGAAUUCAAGUUGAUAGAAUAUAGAAAAGCUCUGUAAUUUAACAAUUAUCAUGAACCAGAAAAUGUGCCAGUGUCCUAUAACUUUUUUUUUUUUUAAUAUUGAAUAUUUUUCACAUUAGUUAGGUUUUUUUUUUUUUUUCCUGAAUGUUUUUAUUCACAUUUUAUGACAUAUUUAGCCCAGUCGAUCAGCUACUUCUUUUUCAGGCUUCUUUCAAAUUCAUGAUGGACGUAACGCCGGCUCUGUCACCGUGAGGCCGCAUGCGUCUUUCACGAUCAGCAACAGGUUUUAUUUAUUUGCUUUCUUUUAUAGAUAUAUAAAUGUGUAUCUUUUGUAAAUAUUUGAAGAGUUUCAAUGGCUUAUAUAAAUGCUGGAGCUGGGUUUAUAUUUUGUUCUUGAGGGGAAAAAAAAUAAAAUGUUUCAAAUUGCA